UCCCACAAUGCAUCGCGAUAUUAUUGUGAAAAAGGUGUUUCCGUUUUGCGUAGGGCGACCUAAUGUGUAAAAACCGGUGACUUCCCCCUUCGAUAGACUGGCUUCCCCUAUGGUGGGAUGGCCUAUCGACGCCACAAGCAACAGCAGCAAAAUACGAGUACGCAGUACGACAGUAACAGCAGCGACACAGAUUAUUACUCCGAGACGGAGGACAGAAAGAAAACCUGUAUCAAAAGUACCAGCUGUCUAGGAACCCCCAAAUCAAAGCCUUGCCUGGUGAACAGGUCAAGAACCCACAGUCUAGAAACUGCCAGUAGUAAUGAAGACGGAGACAUCAACAUAAUGUCCGACAACGAAAGCAGCCCUGUUCGGUGUGGUUUCCACGCCCGUUCCUUAUUACCCUGUGGGGGUGAUCAGGAUGGUCUCGUAAAAUCCAAAUUCAGCUUUGACCCCCGAGAAAGCCUUGCAGCUGGUAUUGCCAAGCUCGGUGUAGGUAACAACAGCCCUAGGCUUGGAGAGAGACUCACUCUCGUUGUAGACGAGACUCGAUUUAUUGUCGAUCAGGAUCUGUUCCGAGCCCAUCCCAACACCAUGCUCGGCAGAAUGUUUACCUCCUCAAUGGAAAAUAAUUUGAUCCGCCCCAAUGAGCGGGGAGAAUAUGAGGUGGCUGAUGGCAUUUCUGCUUGUGUAUUCAGAGCUAUUCUGGAUUACUACAAGUCAGGCAUGAUUCGCUGCCCGCCCAGCGUGACCGUCAGGGAACUUAGGGAGGCAUGUGAUUAUCUCCUGAUUCCAUUUGACGCUAACACUGUCAAAUGCCAAAACCUGCGCGGUCUUCUCCAUGAGUUGUCCAAUGAGGGAGCCAGGCAGCAGUUUGACGCUUUCCUAGAGGAGCUGCUUCUCCCCCAGAUGGUCCAGUGUGCCCAGAAUGGAGACCGGGAGUGUCACAUAGUGGUGCUGACAGACGAAGACAUCUUGGACUGGGACAACGACUACCCACCACAGACCCUGGGGGAGGAGUAUUCACAAAUUGUGUAUAGUACACACUUGUACCGAUUUUUCAAGUACAUCGAAAACCGAGAUGUAGCAAAACAGUUGCUGAAAGAAAGAGGGCUUAAGAAAAUUCGACUUGGAAUCGAAGGCUACCCAACCAACAAAGAGAAGGUCAGAAAGCGCCCCGGGGGAAGACCUGAGGUGAUAUACAACUACGUCCAAAGACCGUUCAUCCGCAUGUCGUGGGAGAAGGAAGAGGCCAAGAGUCGCCAUGUGGAUUUCCAGUGUGUCAAAAGCAAGUCCUUAUCCAACCUGUCCUCCGUGGAUGACCCGCCCCCUCCGGACCAAGGAAUCGUCCAACAGCAGCAGGACGGCAGCAUCCACGUGAUCCCCCCUCAGCCCUCCCCCUCCGAACCAUUUCCCCAGGUCCAACUCCCUCCCGAGGGAGACGCUGAUUAGCAAGCCGGAGGGGCUACGGGGCAAUGAAUGACACUACGCUUCGACUGGAUCAAAAAUAGUCACCUUACUUUUUUUUUCCCCAGGCACAACACUGCUAAAUUGUUGAUGUAUAAUCUGUGUGGUUCUGUUGUUAUCCGGCCUAAAUGUUACUGGUUUCGCCUACCUAUUCUGUAUGAUGAUUUUUUUUUUGUGUACUAUUUUGUGAGAGGUACUCUAUAUGUACAUAAUCUGGUAUCUAUUGUUUAUGAGUAUGGAAUUGAUUUCUUUUGAAUUUUACACUUGACUAUCAUCACCAAAUAGAAAAUAAUUAGGCCAAAAUAUAAUUAUUGUUUGUUUGGAAUUGCCUCCCACCUCACUAAAAUACUCCCUACUGAUAAAAUUAUAUACACAAAAAAUAAAAAGAACUUUUUUUUAUUCAAGAAAAAAUGACAAGGAAAAAAAUAAGAUGCAUUAAAUUUCCACUGUUUAUCGAGAUUUUUAUUUCUACCAAUUUUUAAUUAGCUAAAACUCCUUUUUAAAGAAAAAAUCUUACCCUCCCUUUUGAGUCUGGAAACCCCCCAACAGCAAUUCCAAACAAACCAUCUUUUUUAAGGAUGGCCUUAAUGUAUGCAUUUAUCAGGUUAGUUGGUCAUAAAAAUAUUCCUCAAAAUUUAGCAAGUUAGGCUUUAUAAGUACUUUUUAUUGAAUUUUUUUUUAUAUUUUUUGAUUUGUAAAGGACAGUAUUAUAACUUUGAAAUUAAAGCUAUGGCAAUUUAAUUUUUCAUUUUCCAACAAUCUAACACCAUGAAUACCUGGUAUAUGAUUUGCAAUUUAGGGCAGUUACAUGUAUAUACUACUAUGUUAAUAUAUAUUUUAAGAGAUAUUUAUACAUUUAAAUAAUGUAUGUUUUAAUUUCAUACAUAUCAUCAAGAAGUGUUACUGUGCACAGGCCAUUCCUGUAAUGUGAAAUCAUAAAUGGUAUUUUAAUUUAUGUAUGAACUGCUAUACAUCAUUUGAAUCCUCAGAGCAUGAGACUACUAGUGUAUAUUUAUUUUUUUUUAAUCAAAAAUUUAAGUCAAAAGGAAUUAUUUGUUGGAACAAAGCAUUAGUACCUCAAAAAAUUUUGAAAGGUUUAAGAAAGUAAAUCUAAUUGUAGUUUAAUACCAUCAUUUACCUUGCAUUUCUGCAAGUUGUGCUUUUUUAUAUAUCAAAAAUAUUACUGGCAUUUUAGGUAAUGUAUUAAUGCUUAAAAAGAACCAAAUUUGGACUGCAAGCCAUUUUUAUCAAUUGGUUCAUUUGCUGUUCUAUGCAUAAAGAAAUCCAUAUGUGUAUCGCCUAACUUACACCUGAUGCAUGAGGGCUAUAUGUUCUUGUAUAUGCUGUCAGCUAAGGCAAGUUUAUAAUGAAACAAAUAAAAGUAAACAUAAUGUUUGUUCUAUAAGUAAACUUUGCAUUUUUUUAUGCAAAUGGUUAAUAUGAUUGUGAAGUUAGGAUAGAUUUUUGUUAUUGUACAAUGUAGGUGAACUGAUUUUCAUUCUCAUUCAGAUGUCUGUUCCUGUGCUAAGAUUUGAUUGUGACUCAGACAGUGAUGUUUGUGUCUAAAUGUGUGCAAGAUCUUGAUUAUCUCCAAUACCUGCUGAAAACUUGAUAAACGAAUCAGGUGUUUGUUUUUUUUUUUAAUGUAGAAUUUCAGCUAAGAUUUAAUAAUGAGGUUUAGAUUUACCAUGUCGAAAGCAGCAAGAAAUGCAUGUUGUUGUUUUGGGUUUUUAAAAAAGAAAUCAUGGGCGUAUUUCAAUGUGUAAAUUGUUUGUGGCAGAUAUAGAUACAUGUAUGUACAAAAACAACAAAAACUUGCAGGUUAUUGGAGACAAAUAUGAUGUUUAAAACCCCAGACCAAAUUACUGUGAUAAAAUAUGUGUAUAUUUUUUUUUUGUAUUAAUUUUGUGAACAUUUGUUCAAACUUAAGUUCAUAUGUCAGAUAUGAACAAUUUGUAUGUGCCAUUUUAAGGUGCGUAUCUAAACAUGUCCACUGGUCCAUUUGUAAUGCACAGAAAGCAUUCCUUAGUUUUGUAAGUUUCAGUGGCUUUAUUUUUUUGGUGCCACAUCCUAUGUACACUCACAUCAACUUUUGCUUUUUGUUGUAAUACAUUAUCAAGGUAAAUUUGAUGUAUAAACUUUUAUUAAAAUGCAAUUGUUUGGCAAAUUUAACUGUUAUCCCUUUUACUUGAUAAGAUUGUAAGGGAAUUUCAGCUUUUUUACCCUUGAAAUAUAAUGGGCAGAAAAUUAUUUAUUAUUUUUGUUACUGGGAUGGGGGAAGGGGUUUAAGGCUUCGUUGACAAGGUUAAGGAGAUACUUUCAAGGCAUGCUAUUUGUUGUGCGGUCAUAAAAUUGUAUGUUAUUUUUCAAAGCCAAAGAUGAUAUAAAAAAAUUAGAGUAAAUUAAACUUCCUACCUCCUUUUCAAUAGUAUUUUACCAGAAAAUUGUGUUUUAUAGGCCCAAACAAUAAAUUCAAAGAUAUUAAUCAAGUGUUCUCUGAUUUAAAAAAAACAAAAACUAUUACAUUGGUAAUUGUUAUAAAUUUUUAUGGGCAUUCAUUUACUGGUACUAAGGGGUAAUUAUGUAAGUUAAGAAAAUCAGAAAACUAAUGAUAUUAAUUAGAAAACAAGUAACCUCCAGUUUCAGAUAUAUGUCGUUGGUUUUCCUUUUUCCCAUGAAUCUGUAGUGUGUAUCAAAUUGGGAUCUGAAUGUUUAUUGAAGGUUUGUUGAAUUUUUAUUUUAUUUGAUCUGUUGUGAAACAGGUAUUAUUAGUUUUUCUAGUGUUGAUUUUUCACUCAAUGUUCAUGAAAAAAAAAAUGUAUUCAGCAAUGCAAUGCUUCUGUCUAUUAAGAGACUUCAAUAUUUUGUGUUGAGUUUAUCAUGUCACGGGUGUCUAUUAAAAAACAAAUUCCUAUGUCUUUUUUUAGGGAGACCUGCAUUUAUGUAUCCCCCCUUUUUUUCAGUGACUA